AUGUCUGCGACCGCUGAGACCCCCGCAACCACGCCGGCGACCGUGCCAGCCGUUGGCAUGCGCAAGAAUGGCAAGAACUGGCAUUCAACCAAGAAGGCCUUCCGACCUACCGCUGGGCUGACAUCUUAUGCCAAGCGUCAAGAGACUCGCAAGCAGCUUGAGGCGAACAAGGAGCGUGAGCGUGAAAUGAAAGAGGAGAAGGAAGCUGAGCGUCAGGCCCAUAUUCAGCGCAUCAAGGACAAGCGUGCCGCCAAGGAGGAAAAGGCUCGCUUCGAAAAGAUGGCCGAGAAGAUGCAUGCCAAGCGUGUUGAGCGUUUGCGACGUCGCGAGAAGCGCAACAAGCUCCUCAACUCUUGA